AGUACAGUUCCAGUGAUUGUUAUAGGAUUGUGUUGCGAUUUUUUGUUAUUAUUUCAUAUUUAUAUCAUAAAUAUGCAAAGUAUUCGUUUAAGUUUUUGAAAUAAUAAGAGAAUCACCAUGAGACGGUCUGCAGUGUGUCGUGUUAUCAAACGCUUUUUAAAAACAACAACCCUUCAUGGUUUCAAAUAUCUAUAUUCUCGUUAUUAUCAAGAUCGCAUAGGCUGGAUAUUGAUAUGCUGCGCGAGCGCAUUGUGCGCGGGCGUGCUCUGCGCUACGUUUUGGCUGCGUUUCCUGCGCCACUCGUCCGUGAUGGUACUUGAGGACCAGCAGUUAAGCGCCGCGGUCAACCAUACCUACAUCUCGUCGACGGGCAUGCCACAAACGAUGGCCAUAUGUCCUGCACCAGAGGCGGUCGCCGACGCUUUUUUGCGUCAAUUGUACUUAAAAAAUGUGGAAAACGCAACGCAUCUCGCUGCUACACUCUCGAACGCGUUAAGAAAGAAACCAGCAAAUCUGGAACAAUUACAAAUGCUUGACCAAAUACUGGAGGAGAAUGAGGUACAGCUGGCAGACGGUCUUCUAGAGAACUCUCCAGAUUGCGGCGACAUCCUCGCCGCUUGUAGGUGGCAGUACACCAGUAUACCCUGCCAACGACUAUUUGUUAAACAAUUCACUGUGUGGGGUGUCUGCUGCGUCAUAGAUCAAUAUAGAUUACAAAAUGAAACCACAAAUCGAUUGCUAGAUACCUUGGACACCAGUAGAGCAUUGGACAUAGUAUUGGACUAUCCUACCAUACUGUCACCACUUCACGGUUACUAUAUGUUCACAAAGUACACUGGUGAGGAGGAAGUGGAGCCGAUUUCCCUGCAGCGGGGUCACGUGUACCAAGUACAGCUGCUGUUCACUCUAUUGCUCGAUGGGGUCGACGACGAGGAUAAUAUUAUAGCUGAAAAUUGUGUGUCCGAUAGGGAUUAUUCGAGGAGCGGAUGUAAGUUAAAAUGCUUCGAGAAGUAUUGCGGGUGCUCGGACCCGCGCUUGGAGUGUGCGAAUAAGAAUGACUCCGACUGUCUCCCACCCUGUCCGCUCAGCAAGAUCAGCUGCUUUAAAUCAUCACAAUCUAAUGAGAACGUGACUUGCAUGUGCCCUUUCUCGUGCGAGGAGUACGUCCCCGACCGAUCCUUGGAAGCUAGCCACAUUAAAAAUGUAAAGGACACCAUUGAUCCAAUAUAUCGCGACUUGAAUGAAACCACUUCAAUAGUGGUUCACUUUCGCGUCAAACUGGAAAAUUGCAAGAUAAUAACACAAAUACCAACUGAGACGUGGCUCACGUUGCUGUCGGCACUGGGAGGAGUAUUUAAUAUGUUCCUAGGAGUGGGUCUGUUUAGUGCACUAGAGUUUCUGUGCCUUAUAUUUAUCAAGUUACCGCUUGCAAUGAGAUCAUACAGAAAAAUAGGUAAAUAGUGUCCUGUACAAUUAAAUACAUAUGAUUUAAA